AUGGCCUACGUGAAGAUAGCAACGUCAAGAGGAGUGAAAACAUGUGGGGGGUUCUUGAUUCGAGAUGACAUGGUGCUGACGGCGGCUCAUUGUAACAAGGAACACCUCACCGUCUCCCUGGUAGUCCAUGACCUUAGACUGUGGGAAUGGAGCCGACAAGAAAUCCCUGUGCGUCGCCGGAUCCCCCACCCGCAAUAUGACAUUAACUCCCUUAACAACGACGUCAUGCUGCUGCAGCUGGCGCGCCGAGCCAGGCUCAGUGAAUGGGUGGGGCUCAUCCCCUUGCCCAGCGCCUGGCAGGGCGUGUGCCCUGGGGCCAUGUGCAGCAUCGCCGGCUGGGGCCGGAUGAGCGCCCGCAGGGCAAAGGGCUCGGAUGUGCUCCGGGAGGUGGAUGUGGCGGUGCUGGAGGAUUAUGUGUGUCUGAGGAAUCCUGACCACAUCUAUCGUUACUAUAACACCUCCACCAUACUUUGUGCAGGGGAUCCGAAAGAGGGCAAAGACUCCUUUAAGGGUGACUCUGGGGGCCCCCUGGUGUGUGGCAAAACAGCCCAGGGCAUCGUCUCUUGGGGCUCCCUCAAUAGCCCCCCCUCCCCGGGGUGUACACCAGAGUCUCCAGAUUCGUCCCCUGGAUCCUGCAGACCCUGA